AUGGUGUCUGUACAGACCCCGUGGACCUCAAUCCUGCUACAGGAGAAGCCUGGACUACACGAAUACAACCAUGCUCUGUCGAAUGUGGAAAGGUACUACACUCGGUUGCAGGAAGCGAUGCAAGAUGGAUCGGUCCAUGAUCAACUGGUUCUCAACCCAGACCAGACACACUCACGCUUACUGAAAUGCUUUGAAAUAUUGCGAGCUAAGCAACUACCGGGUCCGGUGGCUGAGGAGAUCUUCAAGGCUAUGGUCCUUCCAUUUCUUCACGAUAACAUCUUCUCGCCUCCUCAAAUGAUUCAACUCGUUGGAUCCGCACUACCGCUCAUUACUAAACAACAGUCUCAAUUUCUACGUGACCUCACCAAAACCCUCCUCUCAUCCCAAGACUUGUUCGAUAAUCUAGUGGCUAACGAAAAGUACACUGUGGUUUUGAAGGAAUGGCUGUUGUCGAAAAGGAGCCAUCUUCCUCUUACUCUCUCCAGGCAGGUUGGGGACAGGCUGAUCACCAUGUGCAAUGCCUGUUCUGCUGAUCAUGGAACACAAGCCAUUGUGGAGAGCUGGAACAUUGCUGAAAAACUGAUGGAAUCCAUCAACUCGCUCAUUCAUACAUCUUAUGAAGAGGAAUUGAAAAAGACGAAAGUGGAGAACCUGCCUCCUUUGGAAUCAAUGAAGGUACUGAACCGGGACGACAAAAAGUCGACCCCAGCUGAGCAAGGCCCCAGAAAGGAUAUCAAAGAGGAAUUCAAGGUCUCGAGCGAGAUACUUCAGCAGAUGAACCACUUCGGCAUUUUACCACCCUUGUCCGCUCGAGGCCUCACCAAUGCAGCGGAGCAUCUUCAAAAUGAGAUAAUCCCAGCACUCACGCGCUCCGCCCUAGACAGCUUCCCAUGCAGAAUAUGUCUGGAUAGGCUCACCACCGGGAGUCUUGUAGACACUUUGGCUAGCUCGACAGCUCUGCCUUCAGAUCGAACUACAGCACCUAGUAGUGCCCAAGACAUUUUCGGAAAAAGAGUCGGUCUGUGGAAAGUCUUGCUGUCUGACAUCGCUUUCAAAAAUGCCAAAAAACUCGUCCGCGGAGGCGACUUUGGCGGAGUGGAACAGAAGCUCAGAGAUUUGGCAAGCGGCGAAUGGAAAGGAAAAGAUCUCUCUCGCCGCGUGGGAUCGAAACAACAGAAGAAGAAAAUGCAGGUUCCUAUUUUAGAAGUUAGCGCUUCUGCAACUGUGUCUAUCUUGUGGCAGGUCGAUGUCGGCUUUUACGAUGAGCUUCCAUGGGUGCAGCAGCAGAUUGUGAAAGGCAAGUAUCUUCAUAUCAUUGAGACUUGCAGAUCUAUGCUAACCUUGGCAGUUUGGCAAAUUGUGACAUCGGAAGAAGAGUUGGAAACUGCCAUUGAGCAAAUCAUUCUAAUCCAGGAAUCUUACACCGCCGAACUUGCCCAGCUCUGUUUGGAACGUCCUGUUCAGCAAUCUGAUGGAACCUGGACGCCACGCCAGUUCGGCAACGUGAAAGAGACCGGGUCUUCUCAAAUGAGAUCCAUUGCUUCCUCCAAGGCAAGCCCGGCUCUAGUUGAGAUGUCAAACAAGUUUUACAAUCUCACCGAGCCGUUUUUGAAGUCCAUCGUUAAUAAAAAUGACGCAGAGGAGUUUCCCUUCGAUCUCUCGCCCGAAGAGCUAGAAAUUGUGAAACACUUCAGCACCUCAAGCCUGAUUCUAGGACGGAGUGGUACGGGAAAAACCACCUGUCUGUUGUUCAAGAUGCUCGCCAAGCACAAAGCAAGACAGUCAGCCUCGGAUGAGCAACAAGCCCGACAGCUUCUCUUGACCCGUUCCUCCUAUCUGGCCUCAAAGCUUCAAACAUAUGCCAAGAGUCUGAUAGAUGCUCAGUCCAAGGCUCCAUCGAUCGAAGAGGAUGUAGACUUAGAUCUGAAACCGACUUCGUUCUUCGCCCUGAAGAACUGGCACUUUCCAAUCGUCUGCACUUACGAUGAAUUUCUUGGGCUUCUAGAGAAUACAAUCAGAAUGGCUGAUCGAAAAGACUUCCUAAGAGACAUCAAUCCAAACAAGACAAAGAGUCUAGACCCGCAAGUGGGAGACAAGCCACGAGUGAUCGACUUCAGCAUUUUCAAAACAGAAUAUUGGGGUUCUCUAAGUGGAUUAUCUCCACCAUCAUGCUCUCCCGAGCUCCUCUUCGCAGAGAUCAUGGGCGUCAUUAAAGGCUCCAGCAUCACAGCAAAAAGCUUGAAGCCGUUAUACCGUGCAGAAUAUGUGAAGAAGAGCGCGAAAGCUUCUCCCGCCUUUACAUCUGAGGCAGAGCGUGACAAGGUAUUUGGAGCAUUUGAGCGCUAUGAAAAACAAAAAAGGCUUCGCAAGGAGGUCGACGAGCUGGACCGUGUCAGUGUCUUGCUGAAGUCGCUGAGAGAUAACAGAGCCCUGGCGAAGCAGAUUCAGCGUUGUUUUGAUGAAAUUUACGUUGAUGAAAUUCAGGACUUGCGUUGUCUUGAUAUUGUCUUACUUUUGGGCUGCCUCAGUGACGCCCGUGGGAUUCACCUUGCUGGUGAUACUGCCCAAUGCAUCUCAAAGGAUUCAGUUUUCCGGUUCCCUGAGAUAAAGGCUUUGUUUUAUGAACAUUACGAAGUCAUUGCCAACGAACUAAAUCAACCGUCAUUUGCCAAGCCUGUUCAAUUCUCUCUGGCUAAGAAUUACCGCUCGCAUCAGGGCAUUCUAAGCUUCGCGUCAUGGGUGAUGCAGUUACUCUGGCAUGGAUUCCCGGAAACAAUUGAUAAGUUGGAUCCAGAGAUUGGUUAUAUUGGAGGACCAAAGCCAAUUAUCUUUGCCGGAUUUGACUCUUCAAUCCUUUCUGCCAAAAUGAUUGGCUUGGUCAAGCUUAACGACAAGGUCGCCGACUUUGGUGCUGAGCAAGUGAUCCUUGUCCGAGAUGAUACAUCGAAGGACAAACUCCAAACUCAAAUCGGCGAUAUUGCUCUUGUCUUGACGAUCCUAGAAAGCAAGGGCAUGGAGUUUGAUGAUGUCUUGGUGUAUGACUUCUUCGGGAGCAGUGGGCUUGGCAGCAGCUACCGGUGCCUUCACAUGCUUGUUCAAGUAGCACGAGCGCAAUUUGAUUCUCAGAAACAUGCGGCUUUGUGCUCAGAACUCAAGUCACUUUAUGUUGCUGUUACCCGAGCCAGAAAGCAACUUUGGUUCAUGGAAACCCAAGAAAACAGCAUUGAUCCCAUUCUUCAAACGCUCUCACGGAGCAACAGCCUCGAGCUCGCUGAAGUUGUGAGGCAGAAAGACCCUAAUGUUGCGGGAAAAGUCAUGGUUCUGCGGGCCGGUGGAUCAGUGGACCCAGAGAGGUGGCUCAAGAGAGCAGCACAUCUUCUCCACCGGAAGAGCUUUGCAGAGGCAUUGUUUUGUUAUAAGAAAGCCAAUGAUUCUCGAGGAAUGACACACUCACAAGCGUGUUUGCAUGAGCAAGAAGGAAGAUCCCACCGAGCGGCUGGUGAUACCGAAGAAUUCGCCGCAUGCUAUGAGAAAGCCAUUGCUCUUUUCUUAGAGAUCGGGCUCAUUACAGAAGCGGCGAUGUGUUAUGAGGGACUUGGGCAGUUCGGCAAAGUUGCAGAAAUCUGGAAGGAUCGUGAACAAUAUCAGAAAGCUGCAACUUUCUAUGAGAAAGGCGCUCUGUUCACCGAAGCUUCGGAGUGUUAUCAUUCUUGUGGUCAAUACGAGGCGGCAAUCGAGGUCUUGCGCCGCGGAGACCAGUUCGAUGAAUUAGUCACCUAUGCCAACAGGAACCGCGAGUACCUCAGCGAGCCCACCUUGCUUCGUUACUCGAGACUAUGCAAUAUCUUGCUGAAGCAGGGACGUGUCUCUGCCAGUCUGAGGGCGAUAACCAUCAACAUGCUUGGGUCAGAUGUGUCCAAGAUCGCUUUCUUCAAAGAGUUUGAAAUGUGGGACCAGUUACGUGCGCUCUAUUCAUCAAAGUCCAGAUGGUUUGAGUAUUACGAUCUAUCAGUGGCUGUUGGUGACAUUCCUGCGGCGAUAAGCACAUUGCUGGUCCACAAAUUGAUGCCAGUGGUUGACAAGCCAGUUGUCGAAAAGCUGUUUAAUUAUUCAAUGGUCGAGGUUUUGCAUUCCCAGAGAGACUUGAUUCCGGGCAAGCCUGAACGAGAUGGGCUGCUGAAAUCAGUCAAAUCGACUUACCUCGAAAAACUCGGAGCUCAGUGGAAAUCGCUAUUGCUUUUGAUGGAUGAUUUUGACGACAUUGAUCAACCCGCCUCAGUCAAACAUCUGGAUAAAGGCCUUUUGAAGGAUGUUUUCUGUCUUUUUGUGAUUUCUUUCGAGCCAUCAGUGUUCACCAAGCAGAAAAUCGAACAUCUUCCAAUGGAUAUUGUCAUCCGAGUUGGAAAGCUGCUGCAGGACUUUUAUGCCCAGAACCAGUACUCCCUUACUUGCCUGGCUAUGAGUUGUGGCAUUUUUACCAAUCCAAAGCAAGAGAACCAGACAAUCUUGCUUCAUUGGUCUCCGUUGAGAACUUACACAGCAACGCCCCUUGAUGGAUCUUCAUCCGAGAACUUGCUUGACAUUGCGAAAGACUUCAUUCAAGACAAGUUUGCGGCAGCGCUUACUCAAUUCCAUGAAAAUGCAUACAGUCUUAUGAAGAGGGAUUUUCCGCCCACUUGUUUCCAACAGCUUUACGAAGGAUUUUGUUCAAAGCUUAAGGCCAAUGAAUGCUUCUGGGGCCAUGAGAAGCCUACUGCAGAAUUCGCUAUCUCGAAGUUGAAUUGCCUUCUCACUGUUGCUGAGGUCUUUGCGCGGCUGACGCCUAUUUAUUAUCAAAGAGUUAUGGGUGAGGCUUUCAGCAAACCAUUCCUGGGUCGUAGGAGAACUUGGAUACAACAUAUCCAAGAGGAGCUGGUAAUUGUCAGUUCACUGGAGCAGUCCUCUACUGCAAUUGCAAAUUUGCGUUCCAACUUGCAAAGCAAUCCAGAGUUUGCUGCAACUGCAUACUGCCUCGAAGAGUUAUUGUUCUAUCGUAUGAACAAGGAAUGGAGCUCGAUGGGCAGUCUAAGCUCUUCUCUAGAGAAGGUCCAAGAAGCUCAAAUUCUCGGCCCUCACCCAGCCACGCGCUUUCAGCGAGCACUGGUUCUGAAUAUGGAUCGAAACAUGCCACCGCGCCCUAGACGAUCCGGCCAUCCGCUUGCGUUGUCUUUGACGGCAUUGAAUGCUGCCGAGAGAAUUCGGUCCGCGGUUGCAAGACGCCAUGCUCAAGACUUUCACAACGGCGUCAGCGCCUUUGCUCAAUGUCUCGAGAAAACACCAAAAUCCUCCCUCGGGUCACUCCAUGCUGUUCUUUCCGUGCUCGAAUUUGCAGCUACAUACGUUCUUUGUAUCGCCAAUCCAGGAAGGGGCAUCGUAAUUCCUUGGUCCUGGGCCUUGCAGCAUCUUUCGACAAUUAUGCAAUCUCCCGCCAAAGACUAUGGGUUCAAGGACAGAGAAAUCCGAGUGCAAACAACCGACUUGAUGAGCAUUGUCAUCAGCUUUUGCAACCUCAUGGAACAGGUCGAAAGUGCGCUCACCAACGGUGUUCUGAGGUUCCAAGGAUUGGGUCGCAGUAACCUUCCAAUCCCUAUUGUCAAACGGCGCUGCACUGAGCUGCUGACGACCGUGAAUCUCAACCUAAAUCAUUGGCCCAAGCAGCCAAUCGGCUUUAAGGAGAUGGAGAAGGUGGUCAACAAGACGCUUCGAUCGACCCUUAUUCCACCGGGAAUGGCACUGGAGUUUUCCAACAGUGAUAGGUUCCGACAAAGUUGCAUCCGCGAGUAUGCAGCCUACAAUCACAAAGACGAGCUUUGCGUCAUUGCACUUGACGAUAGAAAGUCCGCUCCUCUAUUCCUGCGGUCCUUUACACAAGGCAACGCCAAGUUCGCCCAGUUGAGUGAUAUCCUGCAAGUAUCGCGUAUUGCUGAGAAUCCAUUAUCCAUGGGUCUGGGAGAAGAAUGGCAAGUUGACGAAUACACCGGCUACGAGCUGGACAUGAUCACGAACCUCCAGCGACGCUGGCGACAGGUGAUGAAGGUGCUCGAAAACAAUCGCUUUAGGGCACAAACACGCGAGGGCAAACUUGUCCAGCACUUCCAUAAGGUGUGCAUGAGACGCAUGAGCGUUCUGCCCGCGGCCGCUUGGUCCACUCGGGAUAAAAUACACAUGCGCAAGGUGAUAUUUACCGACGGUAUGAAGAUUGCCAUGGCUCUUGAUGGUGUUUUAGACAACUUCCGACAGCUGAAGGAGCGGUGGAGACAGCAAUUCGACAGCAAUUGGUCCACCGCAAAGCUAGAGGAACUCUCUGUCAUUCGCGGCCGUAUUCUCCCGAUCGACGGCCAACUUGAGUACAUCGUUGAGCACUGGUCUCCUAAGGGCAUCGACGAGGGUAUGAUGACCGUUCCAGCUCAGGACCUCGGUAGCUCAGCUCGUGAGGCCCAGCGCGCCCUCUGGGCUGUUCAGCGCGAGAUUGAAAUCAUUCGAUCUCAGGUCGAGAUCAUUGCGAAGAGUCCUGACCGAUAA